UUUCUGAUAAUAAGUUACCGCCCAUAUUCACCCCAUGAAUAGAGGACUGUUUGACAAGUACAUGACAGAAAUACGUGAAUAAUCAGAUAUCCUUUCAUAAUUAAGCAUGGGCCCUCCACCAGUAGUUACAGGAAUAUCUCCAAAAGAAGGGCCACCUGGGACCCGAGUUACAGUGAGGGGCGAAUUUUUGGGAGCUAAAACACAGGACCUCAUAGGUUUAACUAUUUGCGGAUGUGAUUGCCUUUUAUCAGCAGAAUGGAAAUCUCCAAACAAAAUCAUUGCCCGAUCUGGACCAUGUAAAGGACGGGGGGACAUAAUAGUUACUACAAAAAAUGGGGGACAAGGUACAUCGACUGUCCAGUUCCGUGGUUAUCAUGAAACUAUUGGACCAAUGAAAGAAUCAGCUGUUUGGGUUGAAGAAGCACCGAUGCAAAGUUUAGUUUGGGGAAGACGAGCAUUGUCACCAACUAAUUAUCAGCAGGAAGAUCCAUUGGGGCUCAGCGUAGAAGGAAAUGAGAAAAAAUUUCCUGAAGAUGAUUUAAUAGAAUUAUUUGGUGAAGGCAGCGGUGAGUUAGCCAGUGAAAAAUUUCAUCCUGGUUGGUUUUUACUGCAACAUCAUCAUGCUACAACCUUAGAUGAUCUCAAAGCAGGAUUGGCAUAUCUCAGACGCAAAGUCCACUCUCAAAAAGAAGGCCAAUUGUCGUUCUUGAAGGCAAACGUCGGUUCAGUAAUGGAACAAUUGGAUACAAUAAUGCUUUUGAAAGAGCAGUUUGAAUCUGACGUACAAAAGCAUGGCCAAGAUCCAACAGCCAAGCUUGAAGCGGCAAUAAAAGAAUCAAUGGCUGAAGCUGAUAAAUUAUUCCAUGAUGUUUUGGCUCGGAGAGAUAAGGCAGAUGCAACAAGAAACGCAUUAUCUUUGAUGCAGCGUUACCGAUUUUUGUUUUGCAUGCCGGUCAAUAUUGAAAAAAAUAUAAACAGAGGAAACUAUGAUUUGGUGAUUAAUGAUUAUGCCAGAGUAAAAAAUUUAUUCGGUAACACAGAGCUGGAGGUUUUCAAAAAAGUUUUAAAUGAAAUCGAACUUAGGAUUGAAAGAUUACGCAUCGUACUUAGAAAAAAACUUGAGGAAGUACCUGUGACUUUGGAUGAACAGAAGAAGAUUAUAAGAAAUUUGGUAAACCUGGAAUCUGUAGGAGAUCCAGCAUGGGAUGCCAUAGCUUCCCAUGCGCAUCACUUAGAGAAGAGUGUAACUGCAUGUAUCCACGAGUAUUUAGAAUUUGAAAACGCGGGUGGCGAUGAUUCAAACAAAACACCAAAAUCAAAUGGCUUAACACCAACACCAUUAUCUAUAAAACAAUUGCGGCUGCAACAAAAUGAAGAUAACAGCGUCCCGGCACAAGUUCUUUGUGUUGAAGCUAUCUGCGACGUUGUUACGGAACAAUUACCAGAUCUAUGGCGUCUAGGCCAAAGCUACUUUACUGGGCAGUUACACGUCACCGUUGAUACAGAAAAGCAAGGUCCCUUCAAGAAUCUAGUUCUUUCAAGUAUGCAACAUGCGGUGGAUGCGAUGAAAACUGCUUGUGGAAUAAAUUUGGAUGCGUCGUGGCUUCUCCAUAAUUUGAGAUGCAUCAGACAGACAUACACCUCUUUAAUACAUUUGGAUCUUCCGAGUGAAGCAUUGGAUAUAUUUGGCAAAUAUCUAUUCGAUUUACGACUGCAAUGUUUGGUGGCAUUGUUCAAACAAACAGCAGAGAAAAUAAGUGCCUUACAUCGUAAAGAAACUUGGCAAAUUGAAUAUCUGAACGAACAUGGAGGAGUGACACGAUUGCCCGCUCUGUUCGAGGAAAUGGUGAUGGAAGUGGCAAAACUUGCUCGAGAAACGGUAUUAGCUUGCGGUCCCAGAGAAGUUCCUUUGCUGGCACAUGCUAGUCAUCAAACGUUAUUUCAUAACGCAGUGAAAACGUUGUUCACUGCUUUUGCAAAAUGCUUGCAGCAACUAGCUUUCAGUGGAAGUGAAGAAGCUAUGGAAGAUGACGAAUCUUCCGUAUCUCAGUUAAUAGGAUCUCCAGCCAGCUAUAGAACUAGAGAUAAACAACAAGGACCAACGUGGGAGCAAUGCUUGCUGAUAUCAUUGAGUAAUAUUCGUUACACGCUAAACACAAUAAUACCACGAGUUAAUGAAACUUUUAAACUACAUGGUUAUCCAGCAUUAUCUUUGACAAUGAGUUCGAAUAGUGACUGGACGCAAUUAGAAACUUUGGACAGUGCGGUAUUGGAUGCAUACUUAGAACGUCGAUGUGACCCUCUCGUUGGGACUAUAGAACCAAGCAUGUAUCUUGGCGGGCUUGAAUGGUAUUUAGAAGUAGAACCCACACAUGUCAGGCCUUACGUACAAGAGGCAUUGACCAAUCUAAUCGCUGUUCAUGCAGAGGUCCGAAGAGUAUCGCCAGGCUUAUUGAAAAGGGUUUUGUCACAUAUUGUGGAAACAGUUGCCGAAGAAUUGGCGCGUCUCAUGUCAUGCGUGACACGUUUUAGUACUCCCGGUGCUGUACAAGCCAGAGCAGACAUCACGUUAUUAAGUACCGCCGUCCGCGCCUACACCACUCCAAGAGCUAGGAGCUUCUUCGAGGAAGCAUUAGAUGCGAUCUCCCAACCUAAUGGAAAAGAGGUUUCACAAAAAGUUGAUGCACUUCUGGCUAAAGUAGCCUCCUCUAUGCAUCUGCAACUUUCAUGUCUUGCUGAUCAAUCGACAGAGGGUAUUACGUUACAGGAAUUAGAUUCAGACCGUGCGACAACGGUUUAACUUCAAUCUCAAGCGGUCUCAAGGUUCAGUAACUUGAUCCCAUCUUGUUUCAAGUCUUGGAUAAUGAAAUACUAUUAUAUUCAUAAGUUAUUGAAUUGCUUUUCAAAUUGUUCAAUGGAUAUUUAUUGAGUAUGAUACCACCACGAUCAAAUGCUGAAAGCAUAUUUAUUCGAGGGCCAUUGUGUGAGCGAUGAGCUUCUCUGUAUAUAGAUAUUUAUAUGUAUAUACAUGUAGAAUCCAUAUUCAUGGGACAAAAGAUUCCUUACGUGGUUUCUUCGACAACUUGUAGUACUCCUGUUGUUCCAACUAGUAAUACUGAAUCGCCUGUGAGUUAGAAUCAGAGAAGUGACAUGUUGUAAAUACGUAUCAUGAAAGUGAUGACCGUUAUAGGUGCAUUGGAAAAUCAAAAAUAAAAAUGAUCCUAGAAA